AGCAGUCUAGCGUCGAAAGCCAGGAUGCACACUGGCUGUAGGAUGGCACUGUCCAGGGGAUUGAGGUGUUGCCAGAGGGUGCUGUCAUGGGUGCCGGUGGUUAUCAUAGCCUUGGUGGUACUGUGGUCUUACUAUGCCUACGUGUGGGAACUGUGUAUAGUGACUUUAGAAAACCCUUUGGAAAGAGUCGGAUACCUCAUCCUAUUCCACAUGGUUUUCUUAGUCUUUGUCUGGACUUACUGGAAGGCAAUUUUUACACCUCCUAUGCAGCCAACUAAAAAGUUUUUGCUGUCCUACGCAGACAAGGAGCGCUAUGAAAAUGAGGAACAACCAGAGGCUCAAAAGCAGAUUUUGGCUGAGUUUGCAAAGACGCUGCCUGUUUCCACGAGGACUGGUAGUGGAGCCGUCCGGUUCUGCGACAGAUGUCAAGUAGUGAAACCUGAUCGUUGUCACCACUGCUCCGUCUGUGGCAUGUGUGUUCUAAAGAUGGAUCAUCACUGCCCCUGGGUGAAUAACUGCAUUGGAUUUUCAAACUACAAGUUUUUCCUGCUCUUCUUGGCAUACUCAAUGUUGUAUUGUCUGUACAUUACAUCUACUGUCUUCAAAUACUUCCUCCUCUACUGGACAGGGGACCUAUCCAAUGGACGAGCCAAGUUCCAUGUGCUGUUCCUGCUUUUUGUUUCUUUAAUGUUCUUCAUUAGCCUUAUGUUUCUCUUUGGGUAUCACUGCUGGCUUGUUGGCAUGAACAGAACCACUCUAGAGGCCUUUGCAGCCCCGGUCUUUCAGAAUGGUCCAGAUAAGAAUGGCUUCCACCUUGGCAUCCGGCGGAACCUGGAACAGGUUUUUGGAAAACAGAGGAAAUUGUGGCUCGUUCCAGUAUUCACGAGUUUGGGAGAUGGGCUUUCAUUUCCAAUGAGAACAGUCAGCGAAUCUCAAAACCCACUUUUAUCUGGAGAGAAUCAGUGGGAUGAUGAUGAUGCAACAGAUGAAGAGAAUUCAGCAUCUUAUGGCACCUCGGAUGUUACUAUACGGAUAGAAAAAUAGUGAUCUACUGAACUACAGAUGAAAAGCAUUCGAGAAAAGGAGCUGAAAGCAUCGGAAAUGCCCAAACAUCCAAAGACAGAGCCCUCCAGCUCUCCUUUCUGGUGCGGUAGCCCGUGUGUGCGAGCUCUGCCGUCUGUUUGGGAGAUAGGUCGUACGUUGGGUGGGAAAAUGGGACCAACAUUUAUUGUUGUUGUUUUUACAUGAAGGAAUUCAGCUAGGCCUUUUACAUCUGCAGAAAACCUAAAUGUUUCUCCUUCUAGAUUUAUUUGCAGUCUGUCUAAGAUCUUUUAUUAAUUCUAUUUAUUCCUGUUUAUGAAUAAGAAGGAAAUUAACUAUUUACUAUAUAAAUGUACUUUCCCCCUGGCUAUUAACACAGAUAUUCCUAUUUGAAUUCAGCUAUUGGACUACACAAGUGCCCUGUUUGUAUAUACAC